GCGUCCCGACUGCAACCCGCGCUCCCUGAAUAUUAACAAGCCUGCACCUAACAUUAGGCGUAAUACUAACCAUUACGUCUGUCCGGAUGUAUCACAAGCAUUUAUAUUUUUAUUAUCCUUUAUCUUCGAAGUUAAUAACAACAGUUACAGCUAAGUCGACGUGACUCAACUAGUAUUCUGCUAUUAUUUGGAUGCAGUAGAGAGUCUCGCGGCUGCAGUUUUAUAUGCGUUUUGGAAUGUGAUUGCAUGUUUUAAAUCUUGAUGGAACUAUAUUAUGGGUUAUUUUAUUUUAUCAGUCAGUAAAGAAUCUAAGUACAAGCUAUAAAUGAAUAUUUAAUUAUGAAUAAUUAAAUAUUCAUUUAUGGACUCUACAUUCAGUGUUCCGUAACAACCUUCGCCUUAUUUUUAUGCAAAAAAUAUGACACCUGUCAAGAGUUGACAGAUGUCAUGUUAACCAUUAUCAUCGCUUUAAUUAUAAUAUGCAUAUAAAUCUUAAGUUUUACUGCUUUUCGGACUAGACAAAUAAUAAGAUAAAGUUAUUAAUUGUAACAUAUCAUAAAACAUGCCGUGGUGAUGGCCUGCCUCGCCGCCGCGAGCCGCCGCCCCGGGAGAUGACCGCGCCCGCCGCACCUCGCCAUGGCGCCACAUGCGCACGAUACCGAAGAGGUGGAACGGUUGAAUGGCGAAGACUCUCUGGUGGAGCCAGUGCACCAGGGCCGGCGCAUCCAGCCCGAGGGCCCGCCGGGGCAGGCCGCGCGCGCCUGGCUCGAGCACGAGCAGCCGGAGCGCGGGGGCGACAGCCGCACCAGCAGCCCCGGGGAGAGCCGGCGCCUGCUCGGCCCUGCGCCCCUGCCGCCCGGCACCAAGCCCCGCCUCCAGGCCGGACUCACCCUCGGCGUCUGGGCCGUGUCCAAAGAUAGUAAAAAGAAAUCACAAGAAAAAAAGACUAAAUGCCAGCUCGCGAACGUCACGAAGAGAACGAAGACGAAGUUCCAAAAGAGAAAAGAAAAGCUAAUCGCGGUUCUUAAACCGCCGUACUUCAUACUCACCAUGAUUAUUAUCAUAAUCUGUGUGCACGUGUGGGGCACGGAGGCGGUGCGCGCGCAGCUGGAGUGGGCGCCGGGCGCGUGGCGGCGCGCGCCCUGGCGCCUGCUCACCUACGGCUGCGUACACGCCACCAACGCUCACCUCGCCCUCAACGCACUCGUCGCACUAGCGGUGGGGUGGCGGCUGGAGCGCGAGCAGGGCUGGGCGCGCGCGGCGGGCGUGUGGUGGGGCGGCGUGGCGGCGGGCGCGCUGGGCGCGGGCGCGCUGCAGCCGCACGUGCGCGUGGUGGGGGCCUCUGCCGCCGUGUACGCACUGCUCACCGCGCACCUGCCCAACGUCUGUCUCAGAUUCGGACACGUGCCGCUGUGGUGGUUCCGUCCGCUGAGCGUGCUGGUGCUGGGCGCGUCGGAAGCGAGCUGGGCGCUGCUGCGCGCGCCGCCUACGCCCGCCACCGCCGCCACCUACGGCCACGUAGCGUGGGCGGCGCACGUGCUCGGCGCCGCCGCCGGCCUGCCGCUCGGCUUCCUUAUCUUCAACGGUGAAAAUUCCAAGGAGCGGUACAUAGUGUGCGCGCGCGUGGUGUCGGCGCUGGCGCUGGCGGGCGGGCUGGCGGCGGCCGCGCUGCACCCCGCGCUGUGGCAGGCGGAGGACCAGCUCACGUGAGACACGGCCGCCGAGGUGCCGCACUCACACGAGGACAUAGCGACUUAAUAACACUGAAUGUAGUUAAUUGCUUUCAAGACUGAUAUUUCUAAAGUGCUCUGUCCGUCCGCAAUUAUCUUAACUAGGCGUAAAGUGUAUUUGAAUUUGUACUCAGAUGCCGUGAGGACGCUUAGUGUUGCAUGAUCAGUAAACAUUGAGUCAAUAAAAACAUCAUAAUCAUCGAGUUGUAGUAUAGAUACAUCGAUUUUACUAGCCAAUAGUUGUAUCGUGGCUUUAACAAAUGCCAUCACGAUUGUACAGUUAUGCCUAAACCAGGAUAAAGCUUGUCCUUGCCCAUUUCCUAAAACCGACGUAACGCUCAUAAUAGCCAGCGGUUGUAUGUAUGUAUGUAUGUAUGUGACUAUUUUUAUAGUACAAAAACUGAGAGAACAUUAAUAAGUAAUUAGUUGCUAAGAUCUUCCUUGUUUUGUGUAUUGUGUAUAAAUGUACUGUAGAUAAUGUUUACAAAAGUUGGUACUAUUGUAAGUUUUUGCAUGUUAUUUAGGAAGUGACAAACUGAACUGGUUUACAUAUUAAUAUAGUAAGUAAGUGUGUUUAUACAAAAUACAACUACUACGUUUUACUCAAGUACAAUUAUCGGUUGACAAAAAUGACCACACAUAAGAUUGUUGCUUGUAAAAUUAAAAAUUAAACCCUAUUUUCAAUAUAUCUUUAGGCAAAUGGACACAUAUCGUGUAAGAAAAAUUUUAUACUCUCUUACGAGUAAAUGUUUAUUUUGAUCAGAAACGUUGUAUCCCUGUCAUGGUACACAAAAUGGUGUGAGCAGAAUCACCAAAUGUGCAUUAAGAGAUUUCUGUGAAAUCGUUAUAAUUUUGUUUUGUAUCAAAACAUAACAUCUAAGUCAACUAAGUUACUUUUGGCUAAGUUUAGUUAGUGAAGUUUGAUAAGGUUAAAUUAUUUUUAAUAUGUAAGUGUUAGUUUUGAAGAACGCCAUCUAAAUUGGGUGCUAUUAUAUACAAAAAUGUUAUUCGUUAAGAAUACUUUGGACCUUAACUUUGGUUUGUUUAUUUUUCAUUUCAAAUUUGUGACUUUAUUUGUGAGUUAUUUCGACAUCUCUUAUGUUGUUAAAUUGUUAUUUAGAAUAAAACUACAUAGAUUUGUAAGUUAACUUAUGAUCUAAAUCUAUUUUCCAGUCACGUGUAAGUAUUUUUAUUUGAAGAAACACCAAAGAUAUUGUGUGAUCUAGUCGUUUGUUUGGAUUUAUAAAUUUAAGUUUGAAACAUUCUGAAUUUGCAGACAAAUGUAAACUAAUUUUGCCAUCAUUGUUCUUAUAAUAUAAACAAUUUUAUUAAUAAAAAAUUCAAUGAAAUAAGUUACAUUUUCGUUUUGUAUGUGACAUGCAUAAUGUUUUCUAUUUCAAAUACAUGUUGUUAUGUGUCAUGUAAUUAUCUUAAAUUGAAAUUGAACGGAAUUGUUGAUAUUUUGAGUUAAUGUUAUGAUUAUGGAUGACGUACUUACACAUUUUUAACUUAUGUAAACUCAAUUUCAAAGAAGGAAAUAAUAAUUGUUUUGCGAAAGGCUAACUGCUGCCGACUCCAAAACAUUUCUGCCCGGUUGUGAUUCUAGUGUCAUUGUUAUAGUAGCAAUGGUCCUACAUCUACGUCUAAGUGCAAUUUUUUAACAUCUUUGUAUACUUAAUGUGUUUACUAUUAAAUACAAUAUUACUAUGA